AUUUGCAAGUAUGGAUCCAAGAUUGCUAUGGGUUGCUCAAUCGGGUAGCGUCAAUGCUUUAUAUUCUCUUAUUCAAAAGGACCCAUGUAUUCUUCAGAACGUCGAUAUUUUACCUUUCAUGCACACACCUCUCCAUGAAGCUUCAUCAACUGGCAAGAUAGAUUUGGCGAUGGAACUGAUGAUUCUAAAGCCAUCUUUUGCCAAGAAGCUAAACGCAGAUGGGUUUACUCCAUUACAUCUUGCCGUCGAACACCAACAAGUUGAAUUAGCACUAGAGCUAGUCAAGUUUGAUCCCAGUCUUGUUCGUACUCGUGGUAGAGGAGGUAUGACGCCAUUGCAUCUUGUGGCAGAAAGUGGGGACGUGGAUCUUCUUACAGAGUUUCUCUUGGCAUGUCCUGAAUGUAUCAGAGAUGCAAAUGUAAAUGGAGAAACAGCUUUACACAUCGCGGUUAUAAAUAAUAGAUACGAAGAGCUCAAAGUUCUCAGAGGGUGGAUGCAAAGAAUUCGCAAAAGUGAUGCUUCAACCACCGAGAUUCAAGUGCUGAACAAGCGUGAUCGUGAAGGCAACACGGCCUUGCACUUAGCGGCAUAUAAGAAUAACCACCAGGCAUUAAAGCAGCUUUUAAAAUGCAUGCCACUGAACCGGAACAUCCAGAACAAAAGUGGUAUGACAGCCCUUGAUGCCUUGCGAGUCAAUGGACCACACAUGAACAGAGAAACGGAGAGCACUAUACAGAAAUCGGGUGGUAAGAGUGGGAUGUCUCUAUCCAGGGUUAAGACAACGUCUCUUUUCCUAAGCAAACCUGUCACUUUCUGUGAAUAUUGCUCUACCGGAAUGGCACGUUACAGGAGUCGCAUGUCAGACGGAACAAGGAACUCUCUUCUUGUAAUAACAGCCCUUAUCAUCACAGCUACUUAUCAGACUGUGGCACAACCGCAAGAUGACAAGUAUGAGGCGGCACAACCGCCAGGAGUCUAUUAUGGGGCGCAAGAUUACAAUUAUGUGGACUUUGAUGCGGUAAAAACAAUAUUAAAGAUCGUGCUACUAUGGGGAUUCAAUACCAUGGCCUUUUUCUUGGCGAUUGCCUUGACAUUCAUACUCUUACCAGUUGGCAGAACAUAUACUUGGUGGUAUAUCUUCAUAAUGGGGCCUCUCCUCUGUUCAUAUACAAUUUUGGUGUACCAGGACAUGACAAUAUUCAUAUUGAUGUAUCUGAUGAUUGCGUUCAUAUUUCUCAUCUAUCUACUUGUAUUCUACGUGAAGUGGAAGCGGACUACGCGGAAGAAAGUACCAAAACCUAGAAUCGAGCUGAUUUCCGAAGGCUUAGGAACGAUGUUCUAGGCCAGUUACACUAUUACAAGAUCCCAAAUGUGAGCUGAAUAUCCAAAGCAUCUUACCAUGGUCCAAAUGUUUGUUGUAAAACUUCGAUUGUUAUAAGCAUAUUCGGUUGCUUUGUAAAAUACUUAGUAAAGAUUGUAAUCUUUUUGAAUAAGGCACAUGUUUAA